CAGUAGCCAAGGUAACCAGAGCACACACAAUCUUUUGUGUGUUCAAUGUCUUAACCUUGUAGAGCUGCGUUGUCAACUGACAGCUUCUGCCAACAUUAAUGAUAGUGCUUCAAUUACUGUCAAUUAAUACUGAACUUCUGCAGGCCCCUGACGCUCAGUAUAGUAUAUAUUGUGAUCGAAACUCAGUGGAUUAUUUCUUCCGUGUGAUGAACUUUGCACGAUUUGUGUUAUUCACUAACCACUAAUCAUUAAUAAGUAAUUGCUGUGUGUUGUGAUGUGCAGAUGGUGAAACAUGGUUAAAUGCAAAGAAGUUCCUAUAUAUACAGACAUUACUCCUGAAUUAUUUAUUAAUUCCAUAUGGAACAGACGUGAACCGGCAUUAUUACGUGGAAUUAACAUCGGUGAAUGUACCGCUAAAUGGACUACUGAAUAUUUAUCGGAGAAAAUUGGUCCGCUCGAUGUAAAAGUUCAUGUCAGCCAACAUGAAAAGUUAGAUUUCAUAAAUAAAAACUUCGUAUACAAAACAUUACCUUUCAAUGAACUUUUAGAAAGAGUGUCAGGUACAAGUAAGGCUUUCUUUCUGAGUCCGAACGAGUAUUAUUAUUUGAGAUCUCUUGGACUUGAUCCUAGAGGCCGUGAAAUUGCCGAUAUUCGAAAGCAGUUUCCAUUUAUUGCUGCUGAUCUAAAAAUUCCGCAUUUCUUUAAAGAUGAGGCAUUCUUUUCCAGUGUACUUCGGAUUGGUUCAAAAAAUGUUCAGUUGUGGACACAUUAUGAUGUCAUGGAUAAUAUCCUUAUACAAGUUCGUGGCCGGAAAAGAAUUGCCUUGUUUAAACCAUCAGAAGCUUUAGGCAUGUACUUGGUGGGUGAUAAAUCCCGAGUAUUGGAUAUUGACAAUCCUGACGCCUCAGAGUUCCCAAAGUUUUCCAGCGUUCUUAGACACGAAUGUAUUAUGGAAUCAGGAGAUAUUAUUUUUAUUCCAGCACUUUGGUUUCACAAUACAUUAGCAUUAGACAAUGGGAUUGCAGUAAAUGUGUUCUGGAAACAUUUGCCAGAAGAACUGUAUGAUAAGAAAGACGUAUAUGGAAAUAAAGACCCCAUUCCUGCAGCAAGGGCUAUACAGAUGACUGAGAAUGCCACAAAAUUAUUGGAAACAUUGCCUGGUGAAUAUAGGGAUUUCUACUGCAGGAGAAUGAUAGCCAUUCUUGAAAACAAACUAUGCGGACAGGAAGACAUAAUAUAGACUUGAAGUCAUUCCAGUGACACCAUGAGUGUGACAAUCAGACAUUCUUGAGGACAAAUUUAUAAACAUAGUAAAUUGAGAAAAUAAAACUGAUGAAGUCCUACCAUAAAUUAUUGCAUUGUAUUCUUACAGUUAACUGUCAAAUCAGACACUUAAAUUUUUAAGACAAUAGAAUUAAGAUAUAUCAUUUGUUCAGUUUUAUCACUAUUUUGUUAAGGCUUUUGUACUGUAAUCAGUGCGGUUCAAUAUCAUGCAUACAAAGUAUGCAGGUACUAUGCUGAUUAUCGCUGCAAAUACAUUAACUGUCUUCACUAACCAGCAA